AGGCCGCGAUCUUCCAAAGCCCCUCUGGGCGGCUCCACUCCCGCCCACCGCCUUGCACCUUCUUUCACCCCUCCGCUCACACGCUCGCGUGCUGCGGAGUCUGACGCUGGUCAAGUCAGACCAGCCACCGUUCUGCCCUUGCGGGAGGUGGCUGGGGCAGAGGGUGUAAUGAGAGUCCACGUUCCGUUCGCCUUAUCGGAACUCUCACAUAUUUCUAAGUUACUCGGGUCAUACACGGCUAAUCCCACCAAUUUCACAAAGGAGUUUCAAUAUUUAACCCAAUCUUAUAACCUAACUUACCAUGACAUUUUUAUGAUCCUGUCUAAUAACUUGCUUCCCGAGGAGCGCAGGCGGGUUUGGGAGCAAGCGAGACUCCAUGCUGAUGAAGUCCACCAAACCUUAGCCUCCCACCCUCCGGGGGCAGAGGCGGUGCCAGACCAGGAACCCCACUGGGAUUAUAAUUCCCCUGGGGGCAUUCUGGCCAGAGACCGGUUCCUAACUUGCCUCAUGAUAGGGCUCCGCAAGGCUGCCCUUAAACCAGUAAACUAUUCUAAACUUGCAGAAAUUUUUCAGGACACUAAGGAAAAUCCUUCCGCAUUCCUUGACCGCCUUACCAAAGCCAUGUUACAGUUUACGAACAUGGAUCCAGAAUCCACUGAGGGCAGACAGCUUCUAAUGACCCAUUUCUUUAACCAGUGCUACCCGGAUAUCAAAGCCAAGCUCAGACGUUUUGAAAAGGGUCCCCUAACCCCACAAGCACAGGCUCUGGAGGUGGCCUUCAAAGUGUACCACGCCAGGAACGACAAGGCUCGCAACCACUGCCACGUGAUAACCGCGCCUGCCCGGCCAGCAGAGGUGACAGACUCGACCCGUCCUGUUCGUGCUGCCCCCCCACCUCCCGGGGUGCGUGAGCCACCGGGCCCAUGCUUCAAGUGUGCAUCCUAACGGUGACCCAGCUACUCAAGAGCCAGACAAAUACAAUCUCCAAGCAGAUGCGAUCUCCAGACAGAUGCGAUUUCUUCAAUCAGCCACUUGAUGCCAGCGGACAAAACAUCGAUAUGACAUCAGGACAACCGGACGCUCCCCGGACCCCUCGACGCCCAAAGUCAGCAGGAAGCAGUCAUGAGAGACCGGGCUACGCCCCUAUUCCCUACCCGUUAAGACCCUCAACCCCCCCCCUCAAUUUUUUUUAAUAAAACCAAAAGGGUGGAAUGCUGUUCCUUUGGAGACAAGGCCACGCGUGCGCAGAAAAUACAGUCUCCAAGCGGACUACAAACCCCAGUGGUACAAUGGAAAACUACGCACGCGCAAGGACACUUUUUCCCAAAAUGCCCAGAGCCCUUUAAAAAUGGGCGUUCCAACCCGCCCGCUCUCUCUCGCCCGCCUCUCACUCUCUCCCCUCCCUUUUUCCUUUCGUCUCUUCACUCCCGUUCCUUGUAUGUUACCCUCCCCCAUUAAAGUUUACCCACGUGGGACCCCGCGUGUCUCGUCUCUCCUUCCCCAACCCCGCGCGUCUC